AUCUGCUUGAUGAUGAAGAUCCCGGUACUCAGGGGACCUGAUGGGGAGGGUAAAGGGUUUUGAAGAGAGGUGUUGCUCUACUGUCUUGCACCAAUGCAAUCACGACCGUUGCUCGCCACUGAAGCCAGCAGCGCUCACAAACGCUCUCCCUGUCUCUUUCCCUCGCUCUCUCACUCCUCCACACACACUUCCUCUCUCACUCUCCGAUACACGCACACACAGACUCGCACACGAGCUUCUUCUCUCACUUCACUGCUCACUGACUCGUUCGCCCUCCCUCAGUCGUCACUGUGUAACGGUACGGACACACUCGGCUUUGCUACGGCUCCUGUGUAAUUCUCCAGCUAUUCCAAAGCUGCUCUCUCAGUACCUCGCGUAGUGCGUUCACUCAUAAGCAUCUGUUCUGAUCCAGCGUGGGCUCAAAGUGUACACAGAGAGCGGGAUAAUGAAAGAAAGGCACCAAGGAGGAAGGCAGGGUGAGAGAGGGAAUUAAAAGGAGGAGAAGGAUAGAGCUUGCUCUUGCAUAAAGGUGGGAGGACAGUUUGAUUCAGUGAGAAUUUGGAUUAAGCUGGCUACGACUCCGCUCUAAAGUUACCACUAAAGGUGAUGAGCUCCACAAAUCUCUAAGAGGGAUCCUGACAGACCCGGGAGAGCCACCCAUUUUCCAUACACGCCAUCGCAAAUUGUUUCACUGUGGCUCAGUUCUCGUCACUGGACUUUAACUUGGGGACCUGAACCGCACAGAUCGCCAAUGCUAACAAGGAACUGCCUGCUGCUGUUCCUGUGGAUUCUUGUCGACGAGGGUUCGGUCUCUUAUUUACGUCCACCUUUACCGCCACUGGGACGGAGCAGGACGGGGAGGGAGCACACCAGGAGCUUGGUGGGCCCAAUGAGGAAUGGGGCAGCUGGAUUUCAGCGGGUCAAAAGGGGCUGGGUGUGGAACCAGUUCUUUGUACUGGAGGAGUACAUGGGGUCAGAUCCGCAGUACGUGGGCAAGCUACACACUGACCUCGAUAAGGGGGACAGUGCAGUGAAGUACACUCUCUCAGGAGAAGGGGCUGGCUCCAUUUUCACAAUUGACCAAACAACGGGGGACAUCCAUGCCUUAAGAAGUCUUGAUAGGGAGGAGAAGCCUUACUACACCCUGCGCGCCCAGGCUGUUGACAUCAACACCAAUAGGCCCCUAGAACCUGAAUCAGAAUUUGUAAUCAAGGUCCAAGAUAUCAACGACAAUGAGCCAAAGUUCCUGGAAGGACCAUAUACAGCCAGUGUUCCUGAGAUGUCACCAGUAGGGACAUAUGUGACGCAAGUAACGGCCACAGAUGCAGAUGACCCUACCUAUGGAAACAGUGCCAGAGUGGUGUAUAGCAUCCUCCAUGGGCAACCCUAUUUCUCUGUUGAUCCCAAAACAGGGGUUAUAAAGACAGCUUUGCCCAAUAUGGACAGAGAGGUGAAGGAACAGUACCAGGUAUUAAUCCAGGCCAAGGACAUGGGGGGCCAGCUUGGGGGGCUGGCUGGGACCACCACCAUCAACAUCACCCUCAGCGAUGUCAACGACAACCCACCCAGGUUCUCUAAAAGUUUCUUUCACUUAAGAGUUCCUGAAUCGUCUGCAGUGGGCUCUGCUGUGGGGAGAAUCAAAGCCCAUGACCUGGACAUCGGAAAAAAUGCAGAAGUGGAGUACACAAUUGUGCCGGGCGAUGGAGGCGCCAUGUUUGAUAUCACUACCAAUGAACACAACCAGGAGGGGAUCAUCAUUCUCAGAAAGCCGCUGGACUAUGAAACAAAGAAGGCAUAUACCUUUAAGGUAGAUGCUUCCAACGCUCACCUGGAUCCAAGAUUUCAGAGCUCUGGGGCCUUCAAAGACACAGCAACAGUGAAGAUUAACGUUUUGGAUGUGGAUGAGCCUCCGGUGUUCAAUAAGCCCUCCUAUGUGAUGGAUGUGUAUGAGGACACACCUGCGGGGACCAUCAUCGGAGCAGUGACUGCACAGGAUUUGGAUGCCAGCAGCAGUCCAGUCAGGUAUUCCAUUGACUGGAAGACCGACUUGGACAGCUACUUUGACAUUGAUCCAGUGGAGGGAACGAUUUCCACAAACGAACUUCUUGACAGAGAAAACAUCGCCCAACACAAUAUCUCCAUAGUAGCGACAAAACUCAAUAGUCCAGUUCUGACCAGUCGAGUAGCCGUCACUGUCCAAGUGCUGGACAUCAACGAGUUCCCCCCUGAGCUCGCCAGUCCUUAUGAGACCUUUGUGUGUGAAAAUGCUAAACCACGACAGGUGAUACAAUCUUUCAGUGCAAAAGACCAGGACUUACCAAGCGCUGGACAACAGUUCUCCUUCAGAUCACCAAAAGAAGAUCUGAAAAACAGGAAUUUUACCAUCCUAGACUUUGGAAAUAACACAGCUGGAAUCGUGACAAAGCGGAGUGGCUUUCGAAGACGUUUACAGGAGAUCUACUUCCUCCCUGUGGUUAUUGAAGAUAAUGGCUACCCACCCAAAAGCAGCACGGGCACAUUGACCAUCCGUGUAUGCGGCUGUGAAUCGGACGGUUCACUGUUAACUUGCAGUGCAGAGGCCAUCUUUCUUCCUGUGGGUCUAAGCACAGGAGCGCUGAUUGCUAUACUUCUAUGUAUCAUCAUCCUGCUGGUUAUUGUAGUCCUCUACGUGGGAUUGAGACGGCAGAAGAAGAAGGAGACCCUUAUGUCAUCCAAAGAGGACAUCCGGGAUAAUGUGAUUCACUACGAUGAUGAAGGAGGGGGAGAAGAGGACACGCACGCGUUUGACAUGGGGACACUUCGCAAUCCCAAGGUUGUCAAAGACAACCUGUUCCGCAGGGAUGUCAAGCCUGAGAUGAAAAGAGGUCCCAGGCCGCCUGUCUCUCAGGACAGCGCAGAUAUCCGAGACUUCAUCAACCAGCGUCUGAAAGAGCAUGACACGGACAACUCAGCCCCGCCCUACGAUUCCUUAGCGACAUACGCUUACGAAGGAGAUGGCUCUGUAGCUGAGUCGCUAAGCUCCAUUGAGUCCCUCGCAAUAGACCUCGAGGAGGACUAUGAUUACCUCACUGACUGGGGGCCCCGCUUUAAGACACUGGCAGGGAUUUUCGGGGAACAGUCAGAAACUCAGUCGAACUCAGCAACCACAGAGAACACACAUUGAUGUUGUUCACAGACUCAAAAAGCAAAUAUGUAACAAUAUUCUUUUUGUUGGCUCAAAUGUUUCACCAUUACUUUCUUCCCAUGUUAUCCAUUUUUAAUGUUUUGGGUUUUUUUCAGCUCACUGUUUUCUAUUUCAUUGGUGCUUUACCAUGCUCAGUCCCAAAACUGUCAAAAAAAAAAAAUUAAAAAAAAGAAAAGAACAUAUGAUAACAUAAGUAGAUGAGCUAAGCAGUCAUUCAAUUUCCUUUCGGCUGAAUAUAGUUUCUUGUCUUACAUUUUAUUUCCUCUCGGGGAUCACGCAUACGCACGGAAAUGUUGCCGUUUCCAACAACAUCCUUUAAAGUGCCUCAAUAUAAUUGUUCUUUCACUUGCUAUUUCAUGCCACAUGUCCGGUGAUGUUCUUUUGAGCCCCAUAGAUAAAUUCAGUCAGCACUGUGCUCUGACUGGCAGAAGCAUCUACCAACACCAAUGUAACUCUGUGGGGACAAUGACGUGGCCCAAGUUUGGCCAAAGAUGUUUUGAAUGUUAUUUAUUGUUCUAUUUAUUUAUUGGCUGAUUGAGUUUGAUUAGAUUUUUGUGUAUUUAUCUAUUUAUCUCUCAGUCAUCAAUCUGUAUUUUUAUUUUUGGAGACACUUGAGGAUUUUGUAAUUAAUCGAGGCCCACUUGAAAAUGUAUGUUUCUAUUAGGUGGGUUCUGUGAAUAGACUUGUACUAGAGUUGUAAAAAAAAAAAAAAGAGAGCGAGAAAUUAGGGCUAAAUACUACAGUUGAGUCAUGUAAGCACUGUUUUGUUAAAUAAACCACACUUGGAUAGAA